GUUAGGCCAUUCCUCAAACACUCGAAGCUGGACGUACUGAACUCGCAUCAUGCUCGGCUUCUUACUCCUGAUUUAUUAUUUGUCAAGUGUGACAUGUUCAGAGCUGCUGAGCCGUCACAGAAGAUCAUGGAUCAUUGACUCCUUUACAAUUGAGGAGGAGCAAACAGGGCCAUUUCCGUAUGUGCUGGGCAAGGUUAGUAUUGCGCGUGACUAUCGAGUAUACUUUGAUCUCUAUGGGCAAGGAGUGGAUGAAGAGCCAAUAGGAGUCCUCUCCAUUCAUAAAGAGUCUGGCAACGUGUCUGUCCACAGGGCCGUGGACUAUGAGGAGAAGACAAUGCUAAAGCUAAAAUUUGAGGCCAGAAAGACAGAUUUAUCAAUUGACACUAAAUUAGGCCUUGAGAUUUCCAUACUGGACAUCAACGACAACCCACCACGCUUUCAGAGGGAUCUGUAUGAAGUCAGUGUCAAAGAAGAGAACAUACAAGGCUCCAACCUCUUGACUGUGCUAGCCUAUGACAGUGACCAGAGUGGGACACCAAACUCAACUUUCCAUUAUGAAAUCAAAUCUGUGUCUCCAAACCCUCCAAACACUGAAUUCUUCAUUGAUGAGUCUGGAAUGAUCUCAUACAAAGGAUGUUUGGACCAUGAGGUGGCUGAAAUGUUUACUGUAUUGGUGGAGGCCAAGGACCAUGGUGAAGUGGUCAGCCUUUCCAGUUCAACCACUGUUGUGGUUCAUGUCCAGGAUGGCAACAACCACCUCCCAUCCAUCAUCGGACAAACAGGCCCCAGCAAAGUGAAGGAACAUGAGACUGGGUCCUCUCCUCUGCGGCUGCAUGUGACCGACAGAGACACCCGGAACAGCUCGGCAUGGAGAGUCAAAUACACCAUCCAAGGUGACGAGGGAGAGCACUUCAAGAUAGAAACAGACCCAGACACCAAUGAUGGAAUCCUGACUGUAGUAAAAGCAUUGGACUUUGAGGAAGGAGCACAGAGAGAGCUGUCCAUCUCAGUGGAAAAUGAGGCGCCAUAUUUCUCCUGUGAAGUGAAGGAGAAGACGACCUCAGGCCUCUGGAAAGUUGACACCAUCAAUGGUGAUGAUGCCGGUGCAGUUCAGCCUCCUUCUGUAAAAGUCAUCAUCGAAGUUGAGGAUGUGAACGACCCCCCAGUGUUCAAUGUGACUGUCAAAGAGGCCAUUCUGGAGGAGAACUCUCCCACUGGCACCUGGGUAGAGAAAGUAACCGCUGUAGAUCCUGACACCAGUCAUGCAAGAGACUUUGUGUACUCAGUAGGACAUGAUCCUGAUGGCUGGGUGACAGUGGAUCCCCACACUGGCAACAUCACUACAGUCAAGUCACCAGACAGAGAGUCUCCUCAUGUCGUUAACAGUGUCUACACCGUCUUACUGCACGCAGUGGACAAUGGUAAGCCACCUCUGACAAGCACAGCUACACUGAACAUCCAUGUGACUGACCAGAAUGACAACGUGCCACAGCUGACAUUAGACUAUGUGGAUGUGUGCUUGUCUGAUGAUCCCACCACCAUCAACAUCACAGCCUUCGACCUGGAUGAAAAUCCCUUUGCAGGGCCUUUCACAUUUAAACUGCUGGGAGAUGUCAAAGGAAAAUGGACACUGAAUCCUUCAUAUGGUUAUACAGCUGGCUUGGUGAAGGAGCCUGGUGUGUAUGCUGGCAAACACACAGUUGAUCUAGAGAUCUCUGGCAUGCAGGGAGAGUUUGGCGUUUACAACCUCAGUGUGACCGUGUGUGAUUGCUCUGUGACACCCAACUGCCAAAACCGCAACGCUGAAAUAACAGCUGCCUCCAGUUCAAUAGGCAUAGUGUUUGCCUCACUACUUUUACUCCUGUUUCUUCUACUGAUAGCACUUGUGAUCACCCGCAAAAAGGAGUUCACUGCUUUGCCGUAUGAUGAUUCCUAUGCAGAAACCCUCUUCCCGUCAAACAUUGAGAAACCAGGAAUAGACUGCAAGGUCACUGCUCAGAAACAUUUGAAAACAAACCAGUUAUACAUUUUCAGAUUUCCCUUCAUGCAAAUAUCUGCUACAAUUUCUUUUUUCAAGGUUCCUGAUGGUGUCCUGGCAGUGUCCACUGCCACGAAGCAACAGGAUUCAUAUAAAGGGCAAAGCCUGCAUGAUGGAGUGCAACAAAUGAACAAAAUUUUAACCAAGUCUGUUCAACAGGAUGCGGAGCAAAACGUCAACUACAAAGACGAAACAGAUUACAGAAAGGAAAACGUUUCCCAUCUGUUCAACAGUAACAACAGGAAACAGUCUUUCCUCCAAUCUAAGACAAACUGGAAUUCUCUAAUAGCCAGUGGAAGUAACCUCAACCACCAGGUUCAGGGCUGGGGCACGAUGAAUCCCCUCUACAAAAUGAACUCUAGUGGUGUAUCGGAUACGGCUCUCUUAGCGCUACUUCAUUGGAGGCUUUCCUCACUUGAGCAGAAAGAGGAGGAUCUGGGGGACUAUCAGCCUCACCUCUACGCAUAUGAGGAGGACUCAGACAACCUCUCAGAACUGGAGAACAUCACCAUUCCUGACGACGAUUCAUUCAUGAAAUUGCUGACAGACCUGGGCCCCAAGUUCAACCAACUGGCUUCCAUUUGCAAGCCACCACAUUUACAAAACUGAUCUCACUUUGAUCUGUAAACUAUUUGAUGUUUGAAACUGUACAGGUUAUGUUUUAAUUAAGUUUUAAGGUUAAUG